AUGUCUAGCACAGCGGCGGCGCUCGCAUUCCUCACCACGGCCCUCGAUGCUUUUGCUCAACAGGAUCAAGAUCGCAGAUGGGUAAUCUACCCUGGUCUGAGAGAUCUUACCGCCAGCAACGGCAACCUCGUCCAGAUCACCAUGGGAGCGGUGGCCUACCGCAAGAAGGUGCACGCGGUCUUGACUAUGCUGCGCGACAGUCUCGUUUGCGACCGCAUCAGGUGCCUCCGUGAUUACUGGCAUGCCACUGCCAAGAUCCUUGGAGCCGUCCCCAUUAGCAUUAGUGCUGUGGCACAGAUUAUCGACCAAGUCGUUUUGGGCGCGGGUGGCGGUUUGACCAGGGAGGAUUUCAACGUCGACAGUCAAGUCGGUGCCCACAUCUCGGCGAGUGAGGGUUGCCAGCUGGUCAUGAACGGUCACGCUGUUGGCCGUCGGCCCAUUCCAGUCCCGUGGGACUACGAGUUUUCCAUUGGCGACGGCGGCACGGUUAACUGGCUUCUCGUUAGCGAGAGGAGCGCGUUGGCCCAGAGGGAGGUGCUUGAGAACCAGGACAUUGGGCCAGGCAUCGUAAUCUCGACUAGUGGUGCAUCCGGCUUCGCAUGCCGAGAGUUGGUCUCCCAGCUAAGCGAGCAGUACCGUUCGGUCCCGGUCAUCGGCUUCUCGGACUUCACCCCGGAUGGCAUGCGUCUUAUUGCCACCUUGAAGUAUGGCGGUCGGUUCGCCGCUCAACAGGUCGAUGGCGCAACCACCCCUAGGCUUGUCCGUGGCGGUCUCUCGGCCACGCAGGCCAUGAGUGACAUGGGUCUGGACCUCGAUACGCACUUUAAGCGACUCACAAAAGGGGAUCACGCAACAAUCGAAUCGUUACUUUCCGACCCCGACAUCCCUGCUGCGUGGAAGUAUGACCUCAAGGUCAUGAAGGCCCUCAAGAUCAAGACCGACCUCAAUGUGACCGGCCCCAUCGAGGACGUCCUGCUUGAAUGUGUGGUGCGCGUCAUCAAGCAGGCCCAGAAGAGCGCCACCUCGGCAUCUGGGAGCUAG